AAUCUCUGUGUUUGAGUUUGAGUUCCCAUGUCUAGUCUAUCUUCUUCUCCUUCAUUUGCAAGCUACGGUACCCAUCCUGGCGCGGCCCCACUUAGCCGAAUUUCAUGCGGUGCCAGACCCAAGAGGAAGAAAAGCAACCACAAUUCGGAAGCGCAAGAGCUGGUUCGUUUGCUCACGAGCAACGACAAAGAGCCUCUGCUGAAGACGCUGAACAAGUAUGUCAAGCAGGUCCGAACCCAACAUUGCUUUUUGCUCUUCGAAGAACUCGCCAAGCACGACAACUGGCUCCAAUGCCUUGAGGUUUUUAGAUGGAUGCAAAAACAACGAUGGUAUAUUGCUGAUAAUGGGAUUUACUCAAAACUCAUAUCAGUUAUGGGGAAAAAAGGGCAAACCAGAAUGGCUAUGUGGCUUUUCUCAGAGAUGCGUAAUACUGGUUGUCGUCCUGAUACUUCUGUCUACAAUGCGCUAAUUACAGCUCACCUUCAUUCGCGGGACAAAACAAAGGCUUUGGCUAAAGCCAUUGGCUACUUUCAGAAGAUGAAAGGAAUGGAGCGGUGUAAGCCCAACAUUGUUACAUACAACAUUCUUUUGAGAGCUUUUGCUCAAGCUCGGAACGUGGAGCAGGUCAAUUCUUUGUUUAAGGAUCUUGAUGAGAGCAUUGUUUCGCCCGAUAUUUACACUUUUAAUGGUGUGAUGGAUGCUUAUGGUAAAAAUGGGAUGAUCCGCGAAAUGGAAGCAGUGCUUGCUCGAAUGAAAAGCAACCAGUGUAAACCUGACUUGAUUACCUUUAACUUGCUGAUUGAUUCCUAUGGGAAGAAGCAGGAGUUUGGUAAGAUGGAGCAGGUAUUUAAAAGUUUGUUGCGCUCAAAGGAGAGAGCAUCACUGCCCACGUUUAAUUCAAUGAUUUUGAACUAUGGGAAGGCAAGGCUUAAGGAUAAAGCAGAAGAUGUUUUCAAGAGGAUGACUGACAUGGGUUACACACCAAGCUUUGUUACGCAUGAGAGUCUGAUCUAUAUGUAUGGCUUCUGUGAUUGUGUCUCCAGGGCUGCACAAUUGUUUGAUGAGCUGGUUGAGUCAAAAGCUCACAUAAAAGUUUCAACCCUAAAUGCUAUGCUUGAUGUUUACUGCAUAAAUGGUUUACCACAGGAAGCAGAUUCACUGUUUGAAAGAGCAAAUAGUAUAAAAAUAUAUCCAGAUUCAUCAACAUUUAAACUUCUUUAUAAGGCUUACACUAAAGCCAACCAGAAGGAGCUUCUUGAUAAAUUGCUGAAGCAUAUGGAUAAAGAUGGUAUUGUCCCUAAUAAGAGGUUCUUCUUGGAUGCUUUGGGUGCUGUUGCGUCUUUACCAGCAAAUUCAGAAUCUGCUAAUGCUGCAACUGAUUCAAAAACAGCAAAUUCAGAAUCUGCUAAUGCUGCAACUGAUUCAAACACAUCAAAUUCAAAAUCUGCUAAUGCAGCUACUGACUCAAACAACCCCCAAGAGUUUUCAAAGUUGGCUACUCAUGUGAAGAAUAUUUUGGCUCAUCAAUGACUUGUGUACAAACAGCUCAGUUUUUGUGAGAUGUUUGCCAGUUUCAAAUGAAGCACUAAACCCUUUUAAUGAAGUUUAACCAACAAAGAGAUAGGCAUAGAAGAUCAAGAUCCUAUUGCCUGGGCUUCACAUGUUGUCUGGCUUUGCCUUUCAUGUCCGGGUUCAUUUUUGUUCAUAGGUAUAGAUGUAUUUCCAGCUCAUUGCCCCUUGUCUUGGCACUAUGAUCUAUCAAAUGAAGAAUGCAUCAGAUCUGACCGCUACCAAAGCUAAUUAGUUGAUGACAACCAAUCCAAAAAGAGCAGACUUGCAGCUGAAAAGCAAUGUGUAAAUCUAUAACUAACAAAAUUGAGUUAUUAACAAUGGUCUUAUUGAUAAUUCAUGUACAAUUAUCAUUCUGAUGUAAUUUUAAAUCAAGAUUAAAAGCUUGAGCUGUCAUGUUACUGAAAGUACCAGAAGGAAUUCUCAAUU